AUGUCUCUUGGGGAUAUUGUAGUCACAGCUUCCCCUCUUGAAGAUGAUUCAGACCCUACUUAUACCCACUUUGCUCAUCGGGAUGAGUUCAUCAAUCUCCUCACCAGGCUCGUCUCCGUCGACGUCACACAUUCCCCUUCCGAGGUGGAAGAGCAAGCGGAGGUAGCAAUCGUCAAAUCUUUGGGGUCCAUCCUGGACUUUUAUCUCCCCCUUCCCGGACUCCUCGACCCUUCAUUAGGCGAAAUCCUCUCCCCUCUUCUGGACAAGCUCUCAUCCGCCCUCGACCUCCUUGUCAACGAAUCUGAGCUCAUAGUAAACGCUGCUAGACUACAUCGUCUGGGUCAAGUAAUCAACUGGCUAGUCAAAGUGAGAGGUUGGAAAGCUAUCGUUCCCCACUUUCCUUCAGAUAUUAAAUACAUCAACCUUCUCGUUUCCUUGCUCUCUCCAUCUUCAAACCGUCCUAGCUCAUCUACGACACCACCACUCGUCCACCAUCCCCUUCUUUGCAGCCAAGAUGCAUGGGAAUUACGUGCUGUCUUAUUACUCUGGCUGGCCAUGCUGCUCACUGUUCCAUUCAACCUCUCUGUCUUCUCGAUCGAUCAAUGGACUUCUUCAUCACUCGACCUCGUCUCCAAAAAUAUUCUAUUCUCUGUUCCUACGGCUAUUCUGGCAAGACAGGUCAUCGUGCUCUCUAUACCCCUCCUGGACAGACCGGGUAAAGAGGGUGUUUAUGCUGCUCUGGUGUUAGCUCGACUUUACUCAAGAGAAGACGUAGUGAAUUCACUCCCGGGAUUCCUGGAUUUUGCAAGACAGAGUAUACAGGAAGGUGACAGAGAGGCAGAAGCCAAUCUGGUUGCUUGCUUAUUUUCCUUUCUGGCGUUUUUGCCAGCUAUGAUGAGAUCCGAAAGAUUGGAGAUGAUGGUGGAGUUUGAAGACUGGUUACUAGAUUAUUUGAGUGGGACAAGAACAGCAGCUUCAAGUGGACUUAUUAGAAAACUUGCAGUGAAGACAAAGGGGAGAUGGUGGCUAGCUCGUCUGAGUAGCACAACGUAUAAAUCAGGGGAGGUCGAUAUGCCUGAAGGUUUAGAAGCCAUUAUUGAUAGUCUUAUGUCUGGUCUAAGUGACAAGGAUACCAUAGUUCGAUAUUCCUCCGCCAAAUAUCUAGCUCGACUGGCAGCUUUACUCCCUCCGGAGCUCGCUCAUCAAAUUGUCGUGGCCACCCUUGAACUCUACAAUGGUACAGAAGAUAUUCCAGUCAUUUUGUCAUAUUUUGGGACUAUCAUUGAUCCCGGUGGUUCUCCAAGUACGAAAGGAACCAUGGGACUCGGUGGGUAUGAAAUGUCACGAGGCGAAGCGAGAUGGCAUGGAGUUUGUCUGGCUUCAGCUGAAUUAGCAAGGAGAGGAUUAUUGAAAAAUGAUGCUAUAUCCGGAGCCAUUACCUGGGGUUUGAGGGCAUUGUCAUUUGAUCUUCGGAGAAGUAGUCAUUCAAUCGGUGCCAACGUUCGUGAUGCUGCUGCAUAUUUGUUAUGGUCCAUAUCACGCGCAUGUACGGCGGAAGAGAUAGCUCCUUACGCUGAGAAAAUGGCAACGUCGAUGGUUUGUGUCGCUUGCUUUGAUCGAGAAGUUGGAGUGCGUCGAGCGGCCAGCGCGGCAUUUCAAGAAGGAGUAGGAAGACUUGGAUUGUAUCCCGAGGGAAUCGACGUGUUGGGUCAUACGGAUUUCUUCUCGGUCAGCGUCAGACGGGCAGCUUUCACUGAGGCCGCACCUGCCGUUGCCAAACAUGAAGUGUAUAGACGACAAAUGCGAGAACACUUACAUCGUAUCACUCUGCGUCAUUGGGAUACUUCAAUGAGGACUCUCGCUGGUGGCGCUUUGAGGUGUAUAUCGGAAUUGGGAGAUGUGUCUGAUCUUCAAGAUUCCUUAGAACGCGAGAUCAACAACCUAAUUUCUGUGGAUCCUACCAGUGUACAUGGUGCCCUAGUAGCUUUAUUAGGUAUCUCGACACUCGAUAAGUCGUCACAAUCACAGCGCCUGAUAAUAUCAAAGGCAUUAUCGACAAUCCGAUCAGGAGUAUUCCUCAGUCCAGUGGGAGGAGAUAUACUCAAAGCGACUUGUGAACUCUUCACGACUUGUCUAAGUCAAGAAGCUCUCAAUUUACCCGAGGUAACAAAAGUGUUGGACCUUGUCAUCCUUUCUUCUAUGCGUAGACGGGAGGCAGAAUGUCAUGAGGCGGUGGCGGACGUCUAUACUCGAUUGAGCGAACUUACAGACCCAACAGGUUUGAUGACCAAACUCAUCAACGACCUCAAAUCUAUACGUCCACCACAAAGACAAUCUGCCGCUCUUUCACUAGGUCAUAUUCGGUAUCUUACCCAUUCCCAACUUGUGCAAAAAGCUAUCGAAGCUUUACUCCGUCAACUUGACUCUUCAACCAAGGCAGACGUGGAGACUCGUAGAAAUACCAUAAGAUCCCUGACUGAUAUUUGUCUACAAACCUCUUCCUCCCAACUUAUCGUGGACACAUCGACAUUCAAAACCAUCUUCAAUACUGUAAUCAAAGGUCUUGAUGAUUAUUCCACUGAUCAAAGGGGCGAUGUAGGUUCUUGGAUCCGUAUAGUUUCUCUACGAUCUCUAGGACGAAUCAUCCCUGCCGCUGUUGUCGAUGAGAGAGUGUUGGAAUUGGUAUCUCAAGUUGAGUUUGAUGAGAUGAUAGGAGGAAUGAUCAAGCAGAGUUUGGAAAGGUUGGGACCUGUACGAGCUGCUGCUGCUUGUGCUUCAGCAAGAGUACGUUCUUGUGCUGUUGGGUUUUGGGAUUGGGAGGGCAUUGAUUGUCUGAGGUAUGAUGAGUACCUAACCAAAAGUGAUUCUUUCCGAUACGUCAAUCUAAGACACUGGUUCACCAGCUCAUUACCUCUUCUUCGUACCAAAUAUCGCCUUUACGUGUUAUCAGGUUUAACGCAAAGUAUCGGUACAUCUCUUUCUUCCGACAAUGUGGCAUUUGAAUCAUUAUCCAUUUAUAUGGGACAACACUCAGAGGUAGUUCAUGAUGUAAUGAGAGAUUUGAGCGGUUUGUUGAUGGAAAAUAUCAAUACGAAUCGAAUCUUCUUACCUGUCAUGGGGACGUUGACGAGGUUGUUAAAUAUUGGUUUCAUUCCUGAUCUAUCUGUGAGACAACUCGUAAAAAGACUGGUCGAGCUGAUUGAUAGUACGAAAAGAGUAUUGUUAGUGGGUUGUAAAGGUUUAGACAAGAUGAAAUCUAUCGAGAGAAUCACGACGACUAUGCGAUUAGAUAUCACCUCCAUGUUCAAUCAAAUCACCCAGAAAAUCGGUUUAUUCUUAAAUCAUCGAUUCCCCCGUAUCAGAGCGAUGUGCGCUGAAGAACUUUAUCUUAUCUUAUCGGAUUCAGGAAAUGACGUGUUGGAAGAUUUGUUGUUGAAAACUGUAUGGACGGAAGAGGUUGGAGAUGUUCCUGAUAAAGUUGUUGCAAUGCUUGACUCUUUAUCAUUGAAUCGUGGGGAUGAGAUACAUAUGAGAUAA